CCCUAAAAUUAUUUCCAUUUUCGCGCUUUUCUUUGUUUUUUUUUUAUUGUUGGGAUUUUUGUGAGAGAAAAUUUUAUAGUAUAAGUAAAUAUUUAUCCGUAAUAUUUGCUUAUUUUUUCUGUUGUUGCUGAGAUGAUGUGAAAGAAGAAGAGGACGAAGAAGAGGAACAGUGUGUUAAAAUCAAUAAAAAGAAUUAAAAUGCAAACAAAUGAGUAAUUUUCGUGUUUGGGAUUUCGACUGUGUUUGUGGCUUGAAUUUGAGGCUUAAAAAGGGUACUUCUUUUUUCUUUUUAUAGUGUCAAAUGUGAGGCUUUUUGCUAAGAAGAUUCAACAGUCAAAUCCAUCAAAAAUAAAGCUGCUGGCUUGCAACAUAUUCCUUCUCUUGUCAUUCAAUGUGAUUUGAUUAUCUUUGUAUGGACGCCUAUACAAGAGAAUCAAAGAGCAGGUUUUUUUGUUCUGUUUCUGUCAAGAACUGAACAAGAAAAAGAGGGAGAAAACUGAUCUUUGGAUCCAAAAUUUCACAGCUCAUUUUUUCUUGUUUUCUAGCUGUUACUUUCACUGGUUUGUCUCCUUGAUUUGAACCCCUUCCUAAGAAAAAAGGCGAAGCUAGUUGUGUGGUAUAGAUAUAUUGGUGUUCACUUUUUGGGGUAGCUGUCACUCUGCAGUUCGUGUCAAACAGGGGUUUGAUUCUCAAUCCGUGCCUAAUUUAAGCGAUAGGACUUAGUUUUUUGUUUUCUGAGACAAAGGCUAGCUAGAUCUUCAUCAAAAUUUCAAUCUCCUGUGGAAUAUUCAUACUAAAAUUUCACAAGAAGGUGAAACUAAGAGGUCGUUGAAAGUGGGGGUUAGGAAUUCUUGAGGAGUUCAAUCAGUGAAAAGGGGUCUUUUCUUAGAUGCUCGUAUCUAUCUGUCUCUCUGCCGAUUAUCUGGAAUGGAAUAGUUAGCAAUGUCGCUGGUACAUGUCCUAGAAUCCAAUAUGGUGGGGCAGAUCAAUAAUGCAAAUGUUUUGUUUUGUUUGUGCCUUUUUAAGACAUGUUUUUUUUGGCCUCUACAAUAAUAACUGGUAUUAAGAUAGGUUUUUAAGAGUUGAAUCUGUUAAGUGAGGAAGUUUCAUAGAAAUUCUGCCAAAUGAGUCGAGAACAGAAGGGAAAACAGGAAAAAGGUGGUUCGGAUGUGGCCGAGAAAGUUGUGGUUGCUGUUAAGGCAUCCAAAGAAAUUCCUAAGACUGCUCUGGUGUGGGCUUUGACUCAUGUUGUUCAACCUGGAGAUUGCAUUACGUUGCUUGUUGUUGUUUCUUCACAUGGUUCAGGUAGAAAAUGGGGUUUUCCAAGAUUCGCUGGGGAUUGCGCCAGCCGGAAGUCUCAAUCAGGAUCAAGUUCAGAGCAAAAAUCUGAUAUUACCGAUUCCUGCUCCCAAAUGAUCCUCCAGCUUCACGAUGUUUAUGAUCCAAACAAGAUUAAUGUCAAGAUAAAAAUUGUUUCUGGAUCACCAUGUGGAGCAGUAGCUGCCGAGGCUAAGCGAUCCAAAGCUAGUUGGGUUGUAUUGGACAAGCAGCUCAAACAUGAGGAAAAACGCUGCAUGGAGGAGUUGCAAUGCAACAUGGUGGUUAUUAAGCGUUCACAGGCAAAAGUUCUCCGCUUAAAUUUGGUUGGAUCACCUGAGAAGGAAGCUGGAGCAUCUUGUCAAUUAAAUUCUGAGAGAGAUGAAACAUCUGAAAAGCAUCCCAAAAACAAAAAUGGAUCAUCUGAUUCUAUUAGAGGGCCAGUUGUCACUCCAACUAGUAGUCCAGAGCUAGGGACACCAUUUACUGCUACUGAAGCAGGGACUUCUUCAGUGUCAAGCUCUGAUCCAGGCACUUCACCUUUUUUCAUCUCAGAAGGGAAUGGAGACCUGAAGAAAGAGGAAUCAUUAGUCAUUAAGGAAAAUGAGGGUCUUGAUGAAUCUAGUUCAGACACAGAGAGUGAAAAUUUAUCCUUAUCUUCAGCGAGUUUAAGGUUCCAACCAUGGAUAACAGAAUAUCUUACUUCUCAUCGUCAAUCCUUACAACACCUAGAAGAAACUUCAAGUGGAGCUAAUGACAGGGCUCAAGCUUCAACCACAAAGGCCUUGCUGGAGAAAUUUUCAAAACUUGAUAGAGAAGCCGGCAUUGGGAUAUCAAGCUUUAGGAGUGAUAUUGAGUUUAGUGGGAAUGUGAGAGAAGCAGUUUCAUUAUCCAGAAAUGCCCCUCCUGGCCCUCCUCCAUUGUGUUCAAUAUGUCAGCAUAAGGCACCUGUAUUCGGAAAACCACCAAGGUGGUUUACCUAUGCUGAAUUGGAGCUUGCAACUGGUGGAUUUUCACAAGCUAAUUUCUUGGCCGAGGGUGGGUUUGGAUCUGUUCAUAGAGGAGUACUCCCAGAUGGCCAGGCAAUUGCAGUCAAGCAACACAAAUUGGCUAGUUCUCAAGGAGAUCUUGAGUUUUGCUCGGAGGUGGAAGUUCUAAGUUGUGCUCAGCACAGGAAUGUUGUUAUGCUAAUUGGGUUCUGCAUUGAGGAUAGAAGGCGGCUACUGGUUUAUGAGUACAUAUGCAAUGGAUCCCUGGAUUCUCAUCUAUAUGGGCGUCAUCAGGAACCUUUAGAAUGGUCUGCACGGCAAAGGAUUGCUGUAGGAGCUGCAAGAGGUCUGAGAUACCUUCACGAAGAAUGCAGAGUUGGCUGCAUUGUGCACCGUGACAUGCGACCGAACAACAUUCUCAUUACCCAUGAUUUCGAACCUUUGGUUGGAGAUUUUGGCCUUGCAAGAUGGCAGCCAGAUGGUGAUACUGGAGUUGAAACAAGAGUGAUUGGAACAUUUGGGUAUUUGGCACCAGAAUAUGCUCAAAGUGGCCAAAUCACAGAAAAAGCCGAUGUCUAUUCCUUCGGAGUGGUGUUAAUUGAACUUGUUACUGGACGGAAAGCUGUGGACCUUAAUAGGCCAAAGGGCCAGCAAUGUCUAACUGAAUGGGCACGUCCGCUUUUGGAAGAAUAUGCUGUAGAUGAAUUAGUAGACCCAAGAUUGGAGGAUCACUAUUCAGAACAUGAGGUCUAUUGCAUGCUUCAUGCUGCAUCAUUAUGCAUAAAGCGGGAUCCUCAUUCUAGGCCUCGCAUGUCACAGGUGCUCCGCAUAUUGGAAGGUGACAUGCUCAUGGACACAAAUUACACAUCUCCAGGAUAUGAUGUUGGUAACCGCAGUGGCAGGAUAUGGGGAGAACAACGACAGCAUUACAGUGGACCCUUGGCAAACGAAGCAUUGGAAGGGUUCAGCGGGAAGCUUUCCCUGGAUGGACUAAGGCCGGGAGCCAGGGCGGCUUCAUGUGAAGAUAAUUUAUAAAAAGCGCACUUUCCCGGUUUCUUUACACGCAUGGUACGCUAAAUAUCUGUGUGGCAUCUUGGUCGUACUUUCUUUUGAUUCUUUUAUCCAAUGCCAUCUUGAUUUUGCUUGUGUAUAGUAGUAGUAUCGGAAGCAAGGGGUAAUAGGGUUUUUGUAAUUCUUUUUGGAAAUGCCAAUUUUCAAAGCUGUGGUGAAUAUGCCUUCUAAUUAAAUCAAUGAAGCAGCUUUAGUUAUAGGGUUCUCUCUCUCUUACUUUCACAUGUCUGUGGAUAUUGGAUUUUGUUUGGUCGUGCAUUGCAUACAGUUCUCAAUCCUAAUUGAUGAGCAAAAGUAAAAUGCAUUUUGGCAGUUCAUGGUAAGACUGUGGUUUCCCAUAUUUUAUUUUUGCUAAGAGAAGCUACUAUCAGAUAAAAAUGGUCUGAGAAUUUGUCUUGCAUCAAUAACCAAACAAAAAUUUAGGGAAAAACAAGAUUUUAAAGCCCAUUUCAUUUCAACCAGACGGUGAAACAUCCUUAUCAUACCUGUUAUUUUUUUCUGUUUUCUUUAAAUUUCAAACUUUUUAAAAGAUUUUUUUUUUAAAACAUAAAAC